AUGAGCGACAGUCACAUUGUGAAAGUUUCAUUUGGCAUAUUCACCCCUGAGGAGGGGUUUGAUAUGGACGAUGCAAUUGCCCAUGUCACCAAGGUAGCAGCUGAGAUUGAGCAGAGCAGUAACAUCAACGUGGCCAUUCUCAAGUGUCUCCACCAUUCCUGGGUGGCAGUUUUUGCAGUUGAAGCAAAAACUGUACACGAAUCAGCUACAAUAAAUUUACCUCAGGCUGCUGCCUUCACCAGGGGACUAAACUGUCCAGUGAGAAUACUCGAGUCCGGGUGGUUUCAACAAACUUCCCAGCAAACAAGAAAAGACCUUCCCUUCGCACAGAUUUCCCUGGGAGACAUAGUGAGUAUACGUUCCAUGAAGUGCACGAGCUGGGAGAAACAGGACACACUCUCAUACUCCUGCCUCGCCAUUCUCAGAGCCUAUUUCGACCGCUUCAGAGGCUUAAUUUCUUGCUCAUUCUAUGAUUCCAUGAAUGGGAAGCAGAUAAUCGGUAUAGUAGUAUGGGAUAGCAUUGAAUCUGCACUUUUUGUGGCAAAACAUCCCGAGUCCAAUCCUGCACUACCAUAUUGGGAGCAACUUGGUGCCCAAGAACUCAAGUAUCGUGUUUAUCAGGUUGUGUAUGUUACUCGCAAAGAUCCAGUCCAAGCUUCAUCAUUACCUAGCUUUCAGAUAUAAUUUGACAACACACAGAAACUUAUUGCUAUAUAAGUAGUGUGUAAGAAAAGUUGUAUUGUUUUAGAGUGGGUUAUGUCGCCGCUGCAACAUUGUAAUUAUUUAGAUUGGCGAGUGAAAUCGAUGAUUGAUGAGAUCAUGUCUUGAUGGGUGUUAGAAUGCAAGAAGAAAGACCAAGAAAUUAUGCGGCAUUGGUAUGCAAAUUUUUCGAUCUAGGUUUCUUUUGAUUGGUGUGUUUGGUAGUAGACGGGAGAGCUCUGUAUUUUCAAUGAGAUGUUACGAAAUAUAGGAACCUUCAUUAC